AACCGGUUGACACAAUUCUUGCAAUGAACCAAACGAGCGACGAGGAGGGCAGCGUGCCCCACUACAUGCUCCCCAACUUCUCGUCGAUAUUGCCCGAGUAUGCCAACGCCGAGGCCGAGCACAUCAAGAGCGCCUUCUCGACGGGCAACUACCACUCGCUGCUCAAAAUGCCAGCCCGGCUCGGCCCCAACAGCGUCAACAUGGCGCGGCAAGAGGCCAUGGACGAGAACCGCCACACGGCCGUCGCGCUCAAGGCUCCGCCCAAGAUCGUGACGAAAAACGGCCUCUUCAACCAGUUUGAGUACACGCCAUCGCGCUUCAACCUAAGCGACGAACUCCACCGCGCCGAACGCCUCGAGUCGGAGGCCAAGCGAUUCCAGAUUGGCGGCAAGGACUUUGUGUGCAGCAGCAACGCCAAGAAGCUCAAGCACGAAGAUGGUUUUGAAGACAAGAAUUUUGUGUAUCCGCACAUGGACGUCUACUACGACGACGCCCACGACAUCGCGGUGCGCGAGCGCUGGAUUGAGAAGAAGAAGAUCUUGUACCACGACUUUGUACCGAGCGGCGCGGCCAAGCCGAUUGGUGACACGCCGACCAAGAAGCUGCUGCCCGACAUCAUCAAGGAGCUCCACGAAGCGAUUGCCAACGACUGGGAGGACUGCACGGUCGUCGUGGCGCCGACCGACGACGGCAACAUCGCGAUCCAGUUUGAUCUGGACACGGUCAGUGGCCUCGAGCAUGCGCUCACGGCGUACAUGAACACCUUUGCGAAUACCCACCGCCUCAUGGCCAAGUUCCAGCUGCACAAGGUCGUUGAGGACUGGAACGUCAAGCCCGGCGACAACGGCCUCUACUUUGUCGUGCGCCCGCCGUGGAUACGCAACCCGCACGCGCCCAUGUUUACGUCGCUUUCCAUCGCCGCCGACGCCAAGGAAUAAGAUCUGC